AUGUCACCGUUGUCCACACUUGCCCACCAGACCCUAUGAGAGCAGUGAGAAGCCGUGCAUGCUGUCAGAGUACAUGGACCGAUACCCCCUUUAUCCCAACACUGUUCCCAGAGACUCAUUUAAGCCCAAGGAACAGCGCAAGAUGACACAGAUACCCAUGGAAGCCAUCUCAACUACAAAGUAUGAAAAAAUAGUGAAAAAGAGUGAGGACUGUGACUUAGAUAAUAUGUUUGUGAGAGAUGGGUAA